AUGAAGCCGCACGUCGACGAAGUGGUCCGGCGCGUGAAAACAGCACGCACCCUGCUCCGUCCAGUGCUCUGCAGCAACCUCCCCCGCCGCACGAAGCUGGGGAUAUACAAGACCUACAUUCGGUCCCGCCUGACGUACGCAGCUCCCGCCUGGUACGCCAUGACGGCUGAGACACAUAAAAAGAGACUGCGUGCGCAGGAGAAUGCGGCCCUUCGCACUAUAGUCAACGCCCCCCGCUUCGUGCGCAACAUUGACAUCCAGCGCGGGCUGAAAUGGCAGAGCCUGGACACCUUCAUCAGCCAACUAUCGAGCAAAAUGUUCGAGCGCGCCGACCACUCGCGACACCUCCAUCUGCAGGGCAUCGCGCCACUCCACGCACGCCCCCCGGACAACCGCCGACAGCGCCAGCUCCCCAGGACACUGGUGCCAGUAGCCGCAGGAGACGAGGAAGACCGCAGCAGCCAGACGGAGCCCGCAAACCCGUAA